UUCCUCUUUCUCUCUCUCUCUUAUACACUGAAUAUCCGAAUGAAUUUCAUGUGAGACUGUGUGUGAAUGUGUGAGACUUUAUAAUAUGCUAUAUGUUUGAUAUGGUGUCCGAAUAGAUAAUCGAAUCCAGGAUUCGCCCAAAACCUAGAAAAUCACUUUUACUCUUACAUAGUGAUAUUCAUUUUGUUACUUACUUGAAAUAGUGUUUAAAACAACCAACCCUCUGUUUUUGUAUAUGUGUUUUUCUUUCUAUUCUUAUUAAUAUUAUGUGUUUACUAUUCAAUAGUAGUAAUAUUUUAAUUCUUUCCUUUUUUUCCAAUUAUUUCUCUUCUUUUCACCAUAAUAAUAAUAACUAUUAUCAUCUUUAAAUCUUCAUACAUCUUACUCUUUAAACCUUUCACCCUCAUCUUUUAAUCUUGUGUAUAUUUUAUAUACUGUGUGUGUGUGUGUGUGUUUUAUUGGUUCUCUCUCUCUCUCUCUUUUACGGUUAACCUUUUUAUUUAUUCUCUCUCCCUUUGAUUUUUUUUUCUUUUCUCUCUCAUCUAUUUUCUCCUCUUAAUCAAUCACUCUGGUGUUAGCCAUCAUUUGGAUUAUCUCUUCUCCUUUUUUGGAACUGAUCAACUAACCCAAGCUGGCUUCAGAUACCCAGCAGCGGCGACAAAGUAUCUUGGCCAAUGUUAUGGGUUGCUUUGGAGGUAAUCAGGCUAAAAAUGACGCUGAUGAAGAUAAAAGACGAAAAGAGGCCAAUAAGAGAAUAGAGAAACAAAUUCAGAAGGAUAAACAAAUUUACCGGGCCACCCAUAGAUUGUUAUUAUUAGGUGCCGGUGAAUCGGGUAAAAGCACAAUUGUAAAACAGAUGAGAAUAUUGCAUGUCAAUGGAUUCAGCGAAGAGGAAAAACGACAAAAAAUUGAGGAUAUCAAGAAAAAUAUUCGCGAUGCAAUUUUAACAAUCACCGGUGCAAUGAGUACAUUAGUACCAAGUGUUCAACUUGAAGAUUCUAAACAUCAGUGGAGAGUCGAUUAUAUUCAAGAUUUCGCAAGUCAACCUGAUUUCGAUUAUCCUCCUGAAUUUUAUGAACACACUGAGAUACUUUGGAAAGACAGAGGAGUACAACAAGCAUUCGAACGCUCCAACGAGUACCAACUUAUCGAUUGUGCAAAAUAUUUUUUAGACCGUGUUCACAUAAUAAAAAGUUCAGAUUACACACCAAAUGAACAAGACAUUUUAAGAUGUCGUGUUUUGACAUCAGGAAUAUUUGAGACCAAAUUUCAAGUGGAAAAAGUUAAUUUUCAUAUGUUUGACGUCGGUGGUCAAAGAGAUGAGAGGCGUAAAUGGAUUCAAUGCUUCAAUGAUGUCACUGCCAUUAUUUUCGUGACAGCCUGUAGUAGUUAUAAUAUGGUGCUUAGAGAAGACCCAAAUCAAAAUAGGUUGAGAGAAUCUCUGGAUUUGUUUAAAAGCAUUUGGAAUAAUAGAUGGUUAAGGACUAUAUCUGUCAUCCUAUUUUUGAAUAAACAAGAUCUACUAGCAGAGAAAGUUAAAUUAGGAAAAUCAAAGAUUGAAGAUUAUUUCCCUGAAUUUACCCGAUAUCAGGUUCCGCCUGAUGUCAUAGCUGUAAUUGAGCCAGGAGAGGAUCCGGAAGUUGCUAGAGCCAAGUAUUUUAUAAGAGAUGAGUUUCUGCGUAUAAGCACCGCAAGUGGUGAUGGUAAACAUUAUUGCUAUCCUCAUUUCACAUGUGCGGUUGAUACUGAAAAUAUCCGCCGUGUAUUUAACGAUUGUCGUGACAUUAUUCAAAGAAUGCAUCUUCGACAAUAUGAGCUAUUGUGAUGUAUCGCCAUCAUGUUAUAAACCUAAAAAAACAUAAAACGAAAGACUAAAGACUAAAGAGUAUUGUACAUAAAUAUUUCCUCUGUCUAUCCUUCUAUCUAUCUCUCUUUUUCUCCCUGUCUCUGUCUCUCUCUCUGUCUCUCUCUCAUUCUCACCCUGUUUCUCAUGCUCUCUAUCUUUUCGUUCUUUCUAUCAUUUCUCCUAUCCAUCUAUCUCCUUUUUCUCCUUUUAUCUUUAUCCUCACUCUCUCACCUCUUUUCUCUUUCUUCAUCUUCUCUAUCUCAAAAAGCCUACGUCAUUUUAUCGAGAAAGUCACUGUUGCCCAUAGACGUAGGAGACAAUUUGUUAUAAAAGCGCUCUGCAUGAGACAAACAGGGCUAUUCAGCAACAAAAAAACAAAAGCACAAUCUCUCUCUCUCUCUCUCAUCUUUAUCACCACUCCAAAAUUAACAAAAAUACAAGAAAAAAUUACUAAAUAUCAAAUUUCCCAACUUAAAAAUCCAGUCAUAGACUUCGUAAUUUUAAUUCUGAGGUGAAAAAAACUAACUUUUACAAAAUCUUUGUUUUUAUUAGCAUGGUAUGUACAGAAUUCUUGUCCCAUCCUCUCCAUUUCUCUUUCUCUUUCUCUUUCUCUUCUCUUCUUUCAUCUAUUUCCACAUCAUACCUUUCAUGCAAACAUCUCCUCUCAGCUCAUACAAACAACAAUAAUCACAUAAAAUUGAACUUGGUCAAUUUUCACGCAAUCGAUUCGACCUACGCCCGACUUUCUCUCUACUCAACGAAUAAAGAAACGAGACAAAAAGAAAAUCAAUCAACACUUAGACACCAGUCGAAUGUUUUUUUCAAAGAGGAACACAACAAUGUGCAACUAAUCCACAACUGAUCCACUACCAUCAUCACCAUCGUCAUCUUCAAGUCUUCUAGAAGUCUCUCAAAUCUCCAUCCUCACACAUAUUAGAAAACGAUUCUCAGAAUUCAGAUUUAAUGAUGUUACAGUUUUUCGUCCCAUCAUCAAGGAUGCAUUUCAUUAUAUACACUAGGAUCAUUUUCUUGUAAAAUUUGUCGCCGAAACAUUUAAUUUACAGAUCUCUCUCCUUCUCGCUCUCUCACUCCUACACAUGAGCCCCUGCGUCUCCACCAUCAUCACUGUUUAUGGAUUUUCAAACAAUCUUGACAAUUCAUGUGUUGAAAGAAGCUGCUCUAAUCUCUAUGUCAACAAUAAAAUCAUCAUCUAUGAUUGGAUAUUAAUCAUUUUAAUUGAUUAAUCCUAUUUAGUUGAACUUUUGGGACACAAACCAACUCAUCAAAUAACAAAGUUCAUUGGAUUCGUGUUGGUGUUUGAAACUUGUGAAUGGCGAGAUUCUAAUGGUCUUGUAUCAGGAACAUCACAUCAUCGAAACGAUUAUUAAAGAAACGUCAACAAUUCAAGGAACAAAGCCCAAGGCAUCAAUGAUGAUAAUUACCAAACUUUUACACAUUUAUAAUCAAUUAAGUGGAAAAAGUGAAAAAGUCCAAAAGUUUUUUAUGCGAAAAAUUCAAAUUGGAGGCGAUGAAUUGAUUGAAAUUAUCCUGCAAUCAAAUUAUGGUUGUUAACGAGAUUGAUGCGAAACAAGUAUUAUUAAUAUUUUGCAAAUAUAAAAGACAUUGGAAAAUGGUGAUCAUCAUAUUCAUUAACAACAUCAUCCAUCAUCUGUAAUAUUAUUUAAUCAACACAAUAAUGCUUCCUAUCAAUACUAAUCAUGUUGUGAUAAUUUGAAAUCAUCAAUUACACCAACAAACAAAACAUCAAACAUAUAAACUUGAACCACAACAACUCUUAGGAUUCAUCACCAUGUUCAUUAUCAGUACCAUCACCACCACAGUGUAUUAAUUAAGUCGUUAAUUAUUACCUGACCUUUUUCAUUAAUUCCGUUUUAUCUCCACUGUGUUAACAAAACAGGAUUUAAAUGAAUCAAGCCUUCAUCUCGAUUAAUUAAGUGAGUGAGAGAGAAACAAAAAAAAGAGAGAGAGAGAGAUAGGGAGAGAUUUAUAUUAAAUACAAAAAGUGAAUAAGAAAGAAAAUAUUAACAAACUAUGUAAACAAAAUCAAUAGUCAAAUAUUGAUUAAUUUAAUCAUAACUACUGCAACAACUAAUUAUAAAUAAUUACAGAGAAACUGUAAAGGCACCAACAACAAUGUUAACAACAUCCAAACACUUACCCAGCUAAUUGGCCGAUCCAAGCAACAAUACAAUCAAAUGUUAUACCAAAAAAAAGGCCCAACCAGACAACGUAAUCAAGUUAAAACCAAAAAUGGAGGAUUAAUUAAAGUUAAUCAUCACUAAUUAUCGGCAGCAAAUGAACAUUUUACCAACGUCAACAACCAAACACACAAACACACAAGUACAAUUAUUUUGUGAGCUUCUCAAUCCCUUGAACCAAUCUUCUUAUAUCACCUUCUUUUAAAGAGCGACAUUUUUUUUUCGUUUUUGUUUCUUUUCUCUUCUUCUUUUUAUUCUGAUCAACAACAUGUGAAAAGAAAAACAAAUUGUUGUCAAUCAUCAUCAUCUUCCAUCAAUGGAUGAUGCAUUCGAACCCAAAUCUUCUUCUCUUCUUAUUCAGCUUCCCUUUUUGUUAUCCAAUUCGAAAAUCGUGUUUUUCUUCAUCUUCUAUCCUUCUAUCGAAGCUCUGAACGGUCAACAACAACCAAUGGAAUAUGUUAAUUCUUUGUUCAUUAGAGCUUGUGUCAAACUCACAAUUUAUACUUUUAACCCGUAAAUUAAUUAAAAAACUAAUUGUGAUUGUUU